AUGGAAGAGUUGAUUGUAAAAGUGGGGGAAGAAGAAUUUGGCUUCAAUGCAAUAUCUUUGGAAAAAAUUCCAGAUUCUUACCUAAAAAGAUUAGUUUUGGAAGAGAACAAGUGUAAGACUAUGUCCUUCCCGCGAUGCCGGGAAAGCUUUCGUGCGAUUCACGAGUUUUAUUUCUCGGGUAAAUUGCAUAUUCCGAAAAGUGUCUGUGUGGGAAAAUUCAAAGAAGAGCUGGAAUUUUGGGGAAUUGAUGAGUCGGCAAUGGAAGAAUGCUGCCUGAGAAAAUUGUACGAUUAUGAUCUUCAGCAGAAGUCGCUUUUGAAAUUCAAGUGUGACUUUAGCAGACGUCAAAAGAAAUGUGAAGAUCGGGACAACAAUAACAUCUCCACAAAGUCACUCAGGCAAAAGGUCUGGGAAAUAUUGGAUUACCAGAAUGACAGUAUCUAUGCCAAGGUGUACCUUUUUCUAUCUACCCUCGUCGUCUUGGCUAGCUGUAUUAUGAUAGCCGUUAGUACACUACCGGAAAUCAGGUCCAAACUAAUAAUGGAAACUGAAAACAAAAAUACGACCAACCUCGAGAUCCAAAACCAAAACCAAAACUCGCUUUCUUCUAAUGUCUAUUGCAAGGAGACGAUACUUGAAUUGAAUAAAACAAAAACAAAUGUAGAAAAUUGCAGAAUGGAAUUUUGCAUUCUUUGCGAUGAAUUUGAAAUUCUUGGUUUCCCAAUAUCUAACUCUUCCCAAAGAAAUAUCAUUAUGAAUAUUUGCAAAGGCUGCUUGUAUGCGGACGCUACUUUUAAAACGGCUUGGAUUAAAAAAGAUACAACGUUAUCAACAACGGCUAAAAAUAGCAUACAAUUGUUUCUUUUUGAAAUCAUUAUUAUGACUCUCUUUACUUUUGAGUUUCUUCUUCGUUUAACCUGCUGCCCAAAUUUAAAGCUGUACUUUUUCAGCAUCCUAAAUAUCAUGGACGCUGUGACCCUUACUGCAAAUUACGUUCGGUAUGGGAUAUUCUUUUUCGAAAUAAAUAUAGCAGAAUCAAAAUUCGAGUUCCUACUAUAUUUUCAAACGUUUCGAAUUCUUCGAUUACUGAGAUCACUGAAUAGCCUAGAGAAGAAAGACCAAGCCACUUAUUAA